GCAUGUUUAGUAGUUACCGUAAACAGUUUAAAUCGUAUGGUAUUUAUAAAAGGAUUUAUAAAAUAAGUGUGUUCAUAAAAUUAUAAAUGAAACGUUUUAAGCGUCGAUGGAAAAAAACCUAGAGCGUCAAAAUGGUUGAACAUACAGGCCUUUAAUCCUGACGGACUUCAGCACGUAGAAGACGAUGAAUUUAUCAUUUGACUUCAACGAGUCUGCUGGUCCCAAGCCCAGAAGAAAGAGGAAGGGGUUCGGUAAAUGCAAUAGUAUUGAUUUAAAGCUUCAUGCUGUUAUUUGCAUAAUAGCCAACAUCAUCCUAGCCUUUGCUUUCCUAGUGCUUAUAAUAGUAUGGGUUGUUGUAAGAGCUCCUUUAACUAUGCCCAAAGAAAGCUUAACUUGCAUCCCUUGCGACUUAAUGAAGACAAAUGCUAUCACAAACCCAGGCCCAGAACCUGCUGGUCGUUCUGCUAUCAAACAAAGAGACGAUGGGAUGUGUUGUGGACCUGUCGAAAGGAUAACUCAGAUGUUGUUUCAGAAGGAAAUGACAGCUCAGUUUCAAAACAGCAUUUCCAGUCGAAGUCUGCUUGACAUAAUAGAAGAUUAUGUUGACUGUGAAAGAGAAACAAACGACAAGAAGCCCAUUGCUAAAGUAGUUGGGGUUGUGGAGUUCAAAACUAGCUACAUUGUUGAUGGUCAUUACAAGGUCCUAUGGAAUAAAAACGGGAGAACCUUUUACGUGAACAAUUGCAUCCACUUGGAACUCGAAGGUGAGAUAUUUGUCCGGAAGGCUGGCUACUACAUCGUUUCCUCGCAGCUGAAUCUACGGCGACAAAAGGAGGCAAGCACAUCGAUGAAUGAAACCAGACCAACGACGUUCAGUCAUCAUGUAGAUCUCCUUUCACACAAAUUUGGCACAACGGGGAGCUUGAUGCAAACAAAGAAUUCAAUUGCAAGAAAUAGUGUAUUCUUCACAAGUUUCCUGUCAGCGGUCUUCAAGCUGAACAAGAAUGACAGGCUGUCUGUGUCUGUAUCUCACCCUGAAUUGUUAGACAUUAACAAUCCCGAUGAUCAUUUCCUGGUUUAUUACACUUAUGAUCAGCCCAACUAAAAUGCAAUUCAUUUUGUAUUUGGCCUUCCACAGUGCAAAAGUCGUUUGAAGAACCAAAGCAUUUAAUGUUUAAAAAAAAAUACGAAAUAAGAGUAUCAAUGAAAAAACAUUUGCAUUUUUUUUCAAAAAUGUCUGUACAAACCGCAAAUGUUUUUGAGUAAAAACUUGCAAUAUUACCCUAUCAAUAUUGUAUUGCGAGUUUGUUGUGAUUGCAGCUAUUUUAAGAUAGAUAUUAUUGCAAACAGAAAAUAAAUUUAACCACUAUAUUUCACCAUUCGGUUGAUAUCUUCGUUAUUUGAAAAUAUAUCAUUAAAAAUCCU